AGUCCGGGAGCUCCGGGCCGUCGAGAUGGAGGAGGGCGGCUACGAGUCGGUGCUCUGCGUCAAGCCGGAGGUGCACGUCUACCGCAUCCCGCCGCGGGCCACCAACCGCGGCUACAGGGCUGCAGAGUGGCAGCUGGACCAACCAUCAUGGAGUGGCCGGCUGCGGAUCACUGCGAAGGGGCAGGUGGCCUUCAUCAAACUAGAAGACAGGACCUCAGGGGAGCUCUUUGCCCAGGCCCCAGUGGACCAGUUUCCUGGCACAGCCGUGGAGAGCGUGACAGACUCCAGCAGGUACUUCGUGAUCCGCAUCGAAGAUGGAAAUGGGCGACGGGCAUUCAUUGGAAUCGGCUUCGGGGACCGAGGAGAUGCCUUUGACUUCAAUGUUGCGUUGCAGGACCAUUUCAAGUGGGUAAAACAGCAGUGUGAAUUUGAAAAACAGGCUCAGAACCCAGACCAGAUCCCCAAGUUGGACCUGGGCUUCAAAGAGGGCCAGACCAUCAAGCUGAACAUUGCGAACAUGAAGAAGAAGGAAGGAACAGGGACCCCGCGAGCCCGGCCUGCGAGCACCGGGGGACUAAGCCUGCUCCCGCCUCCCCCUGGGGCGAAGGCCUCCACUCCGGCCCCUCUCCCCGGGGAGCACGUGACCGUGGAAGGGUCACUCAUCCCGCCGGCAGUGGCUCCUGGCUCAGGGUCGUCAGCAGGAAGUGCUACUGUUUCCUGGCCUCAGCCCAAGCCUACGGCGACGACUCCCACUGCAGACAUCUGGGGUGACUUCACCAGAUCCACCGGACCCGCUUCCAACCAGACCCAGCCAGGCACAGGCUGGGUGCAGUUUUGACUGGGCUCAGCUCUCUUUUCCCUCGUUCGGUUUCUGGAGAGGCCUGAGGAAGGAAGGAGGAACACACGCCCCGGCCAGCCUGUUUGGAGCCUGAUUCCUUGCCUGACUCUCGACCCAUGGGGCCCGUGAGACCAUAAAUCGGCACCAUGUCACUCUUUCCCGUGGGAUCCCAGUGUGUCCUCUGAGGGCAAAAUGAAGCUCCGCAAGCAUCCCUGGCCCCGUCUAUCCUCGGGACACGAGAGAGGUCCUGAGACUGCCGCUUCCGCCACGAUGACCCGGUUAAACGCCCAGCCCGGAGAGGGCCUGCAGGCUUCCCCGGCACGACCCGGCUCAUGUGCUCCCUGUCCAGGAGGGGCUUUCUGCACUCCCUUUGGCGGUUCCACUGUCCCCGGCGCCCGAGGAGAGGUUCCUUUCUGAUUCCUGGCACAUUGAUAGGCUGUAGCCUGAGCCGAAAAGCAGGAAGGAACUAUGGAGUAUCGGCCCACUUUUAAGAACUCUUCCUUGUUUUGCUAACAUACUGAUCUGCACUCACUUGUCUUUGCAAAAGGAACUGCGCGCCGCUUGCCCCACAGGGCACUCUGAAAGCACCCGCAGGCGGGAGCAGGAAGCUCCCGGGGCAGUGCUCAGCUCGGCCAAAUGGCCUGGUUUCCGUUUCCCAGGCCAGGUGUGCAUUGAAGGACCUAGACAGCUCUGUAGCCAGGUGGAAAUGCUUGGACAGGAAAAGCCUUUUCCAGUGGGGGGAUGGGAGGCCCUUCCUGUCCCCUGGUGGCUCUCUGGGCUCUCAGCAGUUUCCGGUGGCCUUAAUUGUCUCCUUGGUGGCUCCUGAAGUGCCUUGUCUGAAGACAACCUCUUUGUUUCUGCUUCUGGGACUGUAUCCGCCAGACAGAAGGAACCCAGAACAAACCAGAAGUCCGAGGUUGUCUGCAUUACUGGUUUAUUAGAAAUUUUAUCUGAGCACAUCUCUGAAUUUGCUUUUAUUGACUUAUUUUACCUCUUAGUUGUAAGAUUUCUUUUCUGAAAGAAUAAGACAACUGAAGAAACGAGUUGAACCGUUUCGUGGGACCAGAUUUCUGAUUUAAAAAUAAAUGUUUUUACUUCUGUUGAG